UUAAAACUUAACGUGUUUACAAAGUGACUCACGUAACGAGAAAGUUCAUAAGUCCACUUGUAUUGCCCUACAAAAAAUGUUUACUGUAUUAGUAGUAUAGAACCUUCGUCAAUGUUAAGUUGACUAUUUGUCGACAUGUUUUAUUUGGUCAUAUUUUGUUACAUUCGUCUAUGACUCAUUGGAUUAUUUAAAGAGUUGGAUCGUAUGGGAAUCGUUUCGGGUGUGUGUUAAAUGUAAUAAAUUUAUUACAGAUAUAUUAUUAAAUGUAAAAAAAUCUCGAAAACAAAAUAAUCUGAAUUUACAACAAUACACCUUGAACUAUAAAUAAAGUUUCAUUUCACCAAUACAAGUACAAUAAUAGUCGUUCAAAAGUUUUAUGUUCGUAUAUUUUAUCACUCAAAGUACAAACUAAAGCUCGAAGUCGUAGAACGUUAGAAGAAAACAACAAUAAGUUAGACAGGGAUAGACAAAGUCCCACGUGAGUUAUACUGACAAUGGAGUAAAAAAUAUCGUAGGUACCUGAGAGGUAGACGCGCGCGAUGCCCGCCCCCGUACCUCUAGACAAGUCCAAAGCCUCUAAAGGCAGUGUACUCUAAGCCUCCGUAGCGGCAAUAGCGUGUAUACACACGGUAUACUAAGUCGGGUUCCACGUGAAUUUAAAAACAACUGCAUAUAACACGUAAAAGUGCUUUCUUAUAUGCUCUUGUAUCGUGCGCCGUGUGUAACGGUGUGACCACCUGUCGCGAUGCACCUUAUAGACAACUGGCAUUUUCGCGCCUAAACUUUUUCAUUGUAUUCAAAGUGUUCUUAGUAAAACACGUAUGUGUUGCGUGCGUGCAAAUAAAAUUUAAUAGUCGAUGCUAGUGAGGAUAGGAAUAUCUCUGCGUUCGCGCAUCGCGUUGAAUUCAAGUGUCCUGGGAGUACGUGUACGGUUUACUUAUUGCCGUAUAAGUCGUGAAUAUUACAUAUGUAUGUGUAUAACAACGUUGAGUGUGUAGCCAUUGUGUCCGAUCACGAACAUCACGACUGGAGAUCGAAUGCGGAUUAAAUAAAUUUCGUUGUGAUUGUACAAGCGAUGCGGACUAGUCGGUGAAAUGAUAAAGUUUCGGUACAAACGUAAAGAGGCGAGCGAUGGUGGAGGAACUAGUGGAACGGCGAUACAGAAGCAGAAGAUCGAGGGUCUGCGAGACCGGGAACUGUUACCUCCUAAGGACAUGCUGUUAGCUGGCUCGCUGGCUGGAGUGAGACAUAAUACGCUCCCGCGCUCGCGUCCGCCAUCAUCCUGCAGACGCGACGCACCCGAACUUCAGCUUAUCAGUUCAACGACACUGUCUUUGUUUAGAGAACUAUUCUCACAGUUACAAUGGUCCGCGGAACGCGCGCCCGCUGCGGACGCACUCCGCCGAGCUUUGGGAGGUGGUGGGGCAAGAUUUCAAUUAGGCUGCAUGGCGGACGCUAGCGAGUGCUUCGAGCAUCUCCUGUUGAGGGUCCACGCUCACGUGGCGGCCGCGGGGGACAGGAGAGACGACGAUGCCUGCAGAGCCCCACACUGUGUGCCACAUCGCAAGUUUGCGAUGAUGCUCGUUGAGCAAUCUGUAUGUGGUGCAUGCCAGGCUACGUCUGAACCACUGCCCUUCACCCAGAUGGUACACUACGUGUCAGCUACAGCUUUGACAGCUCAGGCAGCUUUAGGGGAACAUGGAGAUAGCUUUGGACUUUUGUUAAAAAAGGCUGGCGGAAUGGGUGACAUCAGAGAUUGUCCUAACGCAUGUGGUGCUAAAAUACAAAUUUGCCGAACUUUGAUGAAUCGCCCCGAAGUGGUGUCGAUCGGGAUGGUGUGGGAUUCAGAGCGUCCUUCUGCAGAGCAUGUUGCCGCCGUAUAUGCAGCCAUCGGCACAGAGCUGCGGCCCACCGACGCAUUCCAUGCCUGCGUCGAUCGGGCUUGGGCCGCCCGAGCCACUCAUCAUCUCGUUGGAAUUGUGACUUAUUACGGGAAACACUACUCAACGUUCUUUUUUCAUAGCAAAUUGCGCCUAUGGAUAUACUUCGACGACGCUGACGUGAAAGAAAUUGGCCCGGAGUGGUCUUACGUGGUCGAUAAAUGUAGAAGAGGAAGAUUUCAACCUCUGCUAUUACUUUACGCAGCGGUCGAUGGAACGCCGUGCGACACCAGGAAUGCACCGAAAGACGUCGUGCCGUUCCCCGCGCCAGAACCCAGACGCGCUAUUACACCUGCGCCGGAACGCCCGGCUAAUGGGUACGCGAGACGAGCUGUCACUCCGGGACCAGACAACGAUAGCGAUUAUAUGAAUAGAAAGGUCAUGGAGAGUGCAAACAUUUUAGACGCACAAGCCGCCAGGCGAGCUCCGUUAGUGCGAAGUCUCAGCACGGGCUCCACAUCGGACUCUAAUGAACGACCUCGGGCUAGAAGAGAUUCUGGCAACUGGAGUGGCGAUCGUAACAGUGCAUCGUCAGCCUCGUCCUCUACAGCAGAAAGCCCGUACAUGUACACUAGGGGUCGCGGCCCUGGGAGUGUUCCAAGUAGUCCCACUCGCAAAGGGGAACUCUCAAGUGGUGGUUCAUGCGAUGCCGGCUAUGAUUCGUAUUCGCUUUCAUCGACAGACAGCUUACCGCUUCAGCAGGGACUGCGCCAUAACUUGCAACGUGCACAACAAAUGCCGGAGAUAAAAACACGAGGUGAUUGUGAAGCGCUGUGUUCAGAAGCUGAUGCGCUUUUAGAGAAAGCGCGUAAAGCCGAAGAGGCGGCGGAUUUUGAAACAGCUUUGGUACUCUGUGACGCCGCUAUAGCAAAAUCCCGCGAGGCCAUGGAUGCUCCUUACAACAAUCCUCACAUGAUGGCAUUCGCACGAAUGAAACAGAACACUUGCGUGAUGCGGUCUCGUAAUCUUCAAAGGAGAAUGGGAGGCAUGUCCCGAAUAUCAGAAGCGCAGCAAACAGCUCCCGUGAGGAAUACAAAAAGUGGAUUGGAAAACUCACCGGUCACCAUUGAAAUAUACGCAACGCUGCCCAAAAAGAAAAACUCGAAGAAAUCUCCAAAAAACAUAGACGAUGACAUUGACAAUGUGACCCGUGAGCGACCGCCUCGUCACAAGUCGCGUGACGAGGAGAAAGGUAGAGAAAAACGCUCGAGAAGCGAAGACAGAAGCCGGGCCAGAAAGGAAAUAACUGUCACGGCAGAAAAAAAGGAAGAAGUAACCGAAGACAAAAAGACUAAUAAAAAGCAACACAAGAUACGAAGAAAGUUAUUAAUGGGAGGAUUGAUACGAAGGAAAAACCGAUCGAUGCCCGAUUUAACAGAGGGUGCUGACGGCAACAAAGAAAAUUCUAAUAAAGAAAAACGUGUCUCCUCCGUUGACGACACUGACGUAGGACGAAAGACGAACGAUGAUAAAUCUCCUUUAAGUGGUUAUCUCUCCGAGGGGCACUUGGAGUAUUCUGCUGCAAGUGGGACGAACCCUAACUUGGAACGAAGUAAGCUUAUGCGCAAGAGUUUUCAUGGUAGCGCCGGUAAAAUAUUGACCGCUGCUAAAGUUCCUCCACCACCACCGGUGCGCACCACAUCCCAGCUUAGCGGGACUAAGUACGGAUAUGUGGAUCACAAUAAUGACAACUACUGCCCCGAAAUAGAGGAAGACGGUGGCUUCUCUGAACAAUACGGAGAUGAACCACAAUCUAUGCCUUUCCUACAUUCUUACGACGAUUCACACGUUAAUCAUUAUGAUAUAAUGGAGAGUCCGCAGUCACAAAACUUUCAUACUGUUGUCACAAAAGCCAUGAUCCACCAAGAACAAAGCCCUGUGAAGAGAGACCUCAUGCCACCAAUACAGCCCUCGCAUAAUAACAUUCAAAACAUGAACUUGGCAUUUGACAACGGUAUGGACGUGGUUGAUUGCGCGUUGCCUAUGAGUAGAUCACCGCCAACAUUUGAGCUGCCCCCUUAUCCCAGUCCCAUGAAUUCUGUCAGUCAUUCACGUCAGCCUAGUGAAGAGUUUCCGCCACCUCCACCACCGAUAGAUUUAACACCGCUGCAAGAGGAACUGCAGAAAAUACAAAAUAUAAAUGAAGUUUCAAAUACCAAUGAAACGCAAGCACCGCAGGGCACACUGUUAGCACAGUUGCAAGAGAAGCGUAACCAAAUUCUUAAAAACGAAAAUCUGACUAAACCGCAUCAAAUGGAAACAGUUAAUCACACUGGCGAUAGUUUAGUGAGAGAACUGCAGGCUGCGUUGAAACUUAAAAGAUCUGGGUCUCUAGAAGGCCAGCUGUCCAGUCCUUCAGAGAAAACUAUCGAGAACAACAUCAACGUUAGAAACAUUGCGUCCAGAUUUGAAAACAACACACAGAACGCACAUGCGGAUAACGAAAGACCGCAUAUUUCAUUAGCGGGGAUGAGCGGAACCCGAGACGUCAUAAACUGUUCCGAUCAAUGUAAUAUCGGUAUUUACAGCAGAAGAGCAUCGUCCUCGUCCAUUGAUGCGAAACAAAUGGACCAAGAGAUAGCGGAUCAGAGACCCGUUCAUAAUACAUAUUCCGAUCGAAGUAAACCUAAAAAGAAAUCGGUCUCUUUCUGUGAUCAGGUGAUUUUAGUUUCGACCGCUGAAGAUCAAGAAGACGAUAGCUAUAUCCCUAAUCCGAUCUUAGAAAGGGUUUUGAAAUCUGCUAUGAAUAAGCCAGAGCUGACAACGAUGCCGUUACAAUCGGAAAAGCCCGCGUUGCAGCGGCAAGAUUCAUUCGACAGUCAGUCGUCGCGGUCUACCAUAUCCUCGCUCUCGCAGAACUCGUUCGUCGGGGCCGAUGGAAACCACGCUGAAUACGUCCGUCUCCAGAACACUUACCCGACAUACCAGACGGCGCAGUCGCGACUCCAACCUCAGUAUAACGUGCAGAAAAGCGUUGGAGUGUACGGUACAAGUCCUACAGCACCGCCCAAUCAAACGCCAAACGCAUUAAACGGCAAUCAAAUAUACCAAUCAUUGCCGACGAGUGUACCUCAAAACGUUCAGAGCCCGAUACCGUACACGCAGCCGCCGCCAGUUUAUUCAAACCAGAGUAACGCGAGCCCACCGAACUUUAGUCAAAACCCUGUGAAUAGACUGACGCCGACCGCGCAAAACGCCACCUACCCGAUAAAACACGCCGCAAACUUGCAACGGAAUGUUCCUAACCAAUACCCACCAAACCAGCGCGCUCAAAUUAAUCAAUUGCCUACGAAUGCGUAUUACCACAGAUUACCCCAAAAUUCGACGUCUUCCAAUAUACCUAACAAUAGUCAUAAUAUCAAUCGUCAGUAUGGCAACACUGUUCCACAAAGCAACACAUUACCGUACCAGAGCGUACCGAGCAAUACGUCCGCAUACCAAAACUACCACAACCCACCGACGAGCUACAUGACUGCUGAAUAUUCUAGUCGAUUUCCGCAAACGACCGCGAACCAUUAUAACCAAUCGCCUUAUCAAAGGGUUCCGCCGCCGCAUGGUGAUGUCCCUGUUGACGGUUACAAUAACAAUACAUACCAGAAACUGAAUACCAAUUAUUAUGUCGAUAAUCCGAGUCAACCGCGUGCUGUAGACACGAGGUCGUACCCUCCGGCGCAGCGUCCGAUGUAUAAUCAAAACGUUGAAACAUCUAACAACGAACAACAUGGUCAAUUUCAAUAUACACAAAAUAAUUAUAAUAAUAAUUCGUAUCAACACGUGCCAGCCUUGAAGCAAUUGCAGAAAAAAUCUGUAUCGUUUGAGCCCGGCACAAAAGGCGGCACCGAUUCACCGGUGCCUCUUCAGUUCAAUCCAUACCCCUGUGUGGACAACAGUGGAGAUAAGACUCCUUGUAAUUUGUGCCGUAAAAGAAUUGUCACAUCUCCCGCCAUGUACUGCACGGAUUGUGAUUACUACAUGUCUAGGUUUAAACCUCGUUCGUAGAUCAUUAAUUUUCGUAUUAAAAGCUCUGAAUAUUCUAUGGACUGUAAUACAUUAUGAUUGUGUAUGAAAUUAUGUAUUUGAAUACAACGCAUAAGAAACGACUGAUCUCACCCGGGAAUAAAUUUAUAACUUAGUCUAUAAAGCAGUUAUGUAGCGUUUAAUUAAGUAUUUUUAUAUUAUUAAAUUAAAUCAACGUUGGUUGAAAUCGUUUUGUAAAAGAAGUAUUAUUACUUAAAUAAAAUAGUAAAAACACAUUAUCUAUGUC